GGAAGAGGGACAGAGAACCGAGCUGUUGCUAACGUGGCUAUAGCUAGCACAAAAAGGAAGAACGAAGUGGAACUGUUAAUAAAAUUGAAGGAAUGUUUCUCCCACCAAACUGGCAAACGCAGACGAGGAAAAAACAGCCUCGGUUCUUCACGUGCAUGAGAUGAUGACAGUCCACGAGCACUGCAUGUUUAAGUAGAGAAGCAGCUCUUGUUCGUGCAAAGGAGCUGUUGCUGAAUUAGCAUAGCAGCUAGCAGUUCGAUUAUUAUCAAGCUAAUGCUAAAUGCAAAGCUCGUCGUUAGAUUUACGGACACGUUCGAUCCAGAUCCAUCUAUCUGAAGCCAUAGAGAAGGGUUAAAACUCCGAUUAAAGGGAUGACAAGGGCUUUGACGUUCACAUGAUUGACGUAUCCCAGUCACAUGGCCGGACUCUGCGGUUAGCAUCCAUCGGUCAGAAGAUAGGACCAUCCCAUGCCCUCACCUGACCGGGUGAACAAGGAUGAAGAAGAUCAGUCUGAAGACGAUCAGAAAGUCACUUAACAUAAAGGGCAAAGAAGAUGGGGAUUUUGUCAUGCUCCAGCAGCCAUCUAUAGCUGCCGAGUUCACUAAGGACGACACGCUCUUUGGAGGCUGUUACACCAAAGGGCUGGUAGGUUGUGAUCUUAAUGGAGAGGAUGAGAAGGGUCAUAAGAACCGAUCGAAGAGCGAGAGUCUUAUGGGCACUCUAAAGAGGAGACUAUCAACCAAACAGAAAGCGAAAGUCAAAGGUGGCUCCUCCGCAGUGGGCUCUGGAGAUGACGACGACACAUUCUCUUCUUCGUCGGUCCCUAUAAGCUUUAAUGAAGUCAAAGCCCAGCGACCCUUAAGAUCCUCCUCCCUCCGAAGCCAUCAUUACAGCCCUUCGCCAUGGCCUUUCCGUCCCGUCGGCUCCGAGGAGGCUUGCAUCAAAAUGGAGGUGAAGGUCAAAGCUAUGGUCCACUCUCCCAACCCCAGUCCCUCCCUCAAUGGCAUCAGAAAGGAGUUCCAUGACAUCCAAUUAGAAGGUUUGUUCCAGGAUCAGAGCGAGUCUCUAAAGGACAUGGAGACUCAAAGUGGCAACUUGCGUUUGAGCAUUGAGGAUCACGUGCCUAUUGGACUCACACCUCAGGACUACAUCCAGUACACGAUGCCUUUAGAUGAGGGAAUGUACCCAGAUUCUUCUGCCCAGUCCUUUUGUUUAGAUGGACCUUCGCCAAUGGAAGUGGGUGUUCAGGUUGAAUCGGGCUCUCUGCACAUUGACCAGGGCCCGGAUGGUCAUGAUAUCAUGGCAUCUGACAUUCUUAUGGAGCAUUCGAUAAACGGACACCUCGCUGACGCUCCAGCAAUGGUCCUUUCCAAUUCCCGAGCCGACACACCUUUGUUUUCUCCUUCUCUGUCACCUCUUUCCACCAUCGAUAUUCCAAGGACCCUCUCCGGGUUCAGUAGUGCAGACUCUCAUGUUGUUGAGAGAGUGAGGCAUCACUUGAACUUUGAUCCCAAUUCCGCCCCCGGUGUUAGCAGGGUGUACGAUUCUUUCCAAAGCAGCGGACCCAUGGUUGUAACAAGCCUUACGGAGGAACUUAAAAAACUGGCCAAGCAGGGUUGGUACUGGGGACCUAUAACUCGAUGGGAGGCUGAGGAGAAGCUUAUCAACCUUCCAGAUGGCUCUUUUUUAGUGAGGGACAGUUCAGAUGACCGCUAUCUCCUCAGCCUGAGCUUUCGGUCACAGGGGAAGACGCUUCACACCAGGAUCGAGCACUCCAAUGGCAGAUUCAGCUUUUACGAGCAGCCAGAUGUAGAAGGUCACACUUCCAUCGUAGAUCUCAUCGAGCAUUCGAUAAAAGACUCAGAAAACGGCGCAUUCUGUUAUUCCAGAUCCCGUCUGCCGGGGUCCGCCACGUACCCGGUUCGGUUGACCAAUCCCGUCUCUCGGUUCAUGCAAGUGCGUUCGCUGCAAUAUCUUUGCCGCUUUGUCAUCCGACAGUACACGCGGAUAGAUCUGAUUCAGAAACUGCCUUUACCAAACAAAAUGAAAGAUUAUUUGCAGGAGAAGCACUACUGAACAGGCUGUAGUGGGUCGUGGUAGAAAUUUGCACUUUUUGUUGAGUGACGCAUUGUUUAAACAGUUUACAUGUUUGUAGGUCAUGUGAUCAGUUGCGUAGGUUGACUAUCUGAUCUUCCCACAAAAAAGAGCUCUAAAUUUGUUGUUGCUCAGAUUACGUGUUUUACACUAAGCAAGGCUUUUCAGAGUGAAUCAGGAUGCCAUGCUUAAUACACAUACUGAUUAUAUGAUUAUAUAUUGCAGUAAAGCUUGGAUUUGGGAUUAGACGUUGCAUUAAUGUGCAUCAUUUAUCAGGAAUUUUGCUGUAGCGUUAAGGUGCGGUCACAUUGGCAACAUUUUGUCCAUUUUUUUAAUUUUAAAGGUGCAUUGUCUGUUGUAAAUAAGUAUAGUAAUAUGUGAAGCACAGCUAACUUUCAAAGCAAGCAGCUUUCUAUUGGUCAACAUAUUUUGUGAAACAUCUGUGGGGAAUUAGUUCCCAAUCUUGAAGAUUGCUAUUAAAAACAAAAUUUCUAGGAACAAUCGUAAAUGUGAUCGCACCUUUAAAAGUCAUUUGCUUCUCUCUGGAAAUAUGAUGUCAGCCACGUUUUUGGCAGGUUUUAAUAGUUCUAAAAAUCGGUACUUUUAAUGGAAACUUGCAACUCUGCUGGAUGAUGGAAGUUUGUCAAAUAGUCAACUAUCAGAAUACUUUUGUUAGAGAAUAAGCAUUUAUUUAGGCUUAAUGUUUUACAUUUUAUUUGACUUUUUUUAAGAUCUGUGCAACAACAAAUUCGGUCAGUCAGGUAUGUGAAGGCCACAAAGGAAGGACUGAAUCAUAUUCAAAGCAAAUGUUCAAGAAUAAUACAUGAAGAAUGCUACAUCUGUGAUCUUAUACGAAAAGGGAGCAGGUAAAAAACAUAACAGGAUUCAUUUUUUAUAUAUGUUGUAUAGUGUGGCUCAUACAGUAUUUAGUUCUGUCUAAAUAUUUUGGCUCAUGUACAUUAAGAAAUGGUUUAUAUUGCUUCCUGAGCAUCUUAUUUGUUUCGUUUAAAGGGGCUAUAUAUAGAAUUCUAAAGAUACUGUGAUGCUUGUUGCUGUCAAGUGAACUUAAGUGUAUGUGCUCACGUAACAUAUAAGAGACUAGGACGAUAACCAUUUUUAAGUUACACUGCGGUUUGGAAAAGUCAAGGUUUUAAAACCUGCUAAAUUUUAUGCUAUACCGUUCCUACGCUUUAUGUAAGUUUUUUUUUAUGUUUUGUUUUAAGUUUUUUAGGACAACAGUCUCUAAAGUGGAAAAGAUAUCCAAAGAUGCCGUUUUAAAUUGUAAUGAAAUCAGUUCAGUUUUUAAAACUAAUGAAGAUAGCAGAAGUCAAUGAUUCAUUUGAAUAUUUUAGCCUGACAUGUUUACUGCUCCAAAGUAUUUAAAAAAUUCCUCAAAAUAAAAUCUAUUGUGUUCAAAGGGGAAAAAGUUAUAGUUUUUUUACCCAGACAUUUAAAGAGAAUAUUCUUUAGAGCAGAAAUCACAAUACUGUAAAACCGUGAUAUUUUGCACCAAGGUUAUCAUACCAACAGAAUCUUAUACCGGCCCAUACCUAUAAGAGACUAAUGAUAACAUAAUUCAAUGUAAUUGGAAAUACCUUUGCAGCAAUAUAUUGAAAGUAAACCUCCAGAAGCCGUCUACUUCCCCGAGUCACGUCUAAAUAUGAAAAAGUUUGGACACGCUAUCCUAUUAGUAGCAAAAUAGCUGACAUCUGGUAAGAAUCACUUAUGAGGUUUAUAUUUUACUUUAUAAACUACUGACUUCUUGUAUUAAAACUUUUCAAAUACCAAUUUCCAUUAAGAUAAUGAUGAAUAGUUCUCCCUGUGUUCACGUGGGUUUCCCCCGGGUGCUUCGCUUUCCCCCACAGUACAAGGACAUGCGGCCUAGGUGAAUUGGAUGAACUGAAUUGACCAUAGUGUAUGAGUAUGAAUAUGAGAGUAUAUGGGUGUUUCCCAGUACUGGGUUGUGGCUGAAAGGGCAUCCACUGCGUAAAACAUAUGCUGGAUAAGUUGGCGUUUCAAUCCGCUGUGGUGAUUCCUGAAACAAUAGACCACCUGUCAUAAUAAAGAGAAAGUCCAUGCAGAAUCAUACAUUUUUUUUGAUGUGGACAAUUUUGGAAAAGUUCAUGAUAUUUGAAUUUGUAUUAUUUUUCCAAAUUUGAGCCAACAUAUUCAAAUUCUUGCACAUUUUAAAAUCAGAAAUUAGUUAUGCAGAACAUUCAGGCAUUAAAACGUAGGACUGUACAUUUGGGCAUCUUCAUCUUUUUCUUUUUUUAGUCUUGUAAAAUAGGGAAUAAAAAGCUAUGGACACCAACAGUCGUUUUUUUAAUUAUUACAAAUAUUAAUAUUAUAAUUU